GCUGGCUCUGGGAAAGUCCCAGGGGUGGGGGCAGCCUCCACAGGGCAAUUACCACCUUGACCCCACCCCCUGGGCAAAAGUCUGCCCCUCUGGCUGUAAUUCCACAGUUAGACUUCACACCUUUGGCUUAAAGCUGAAUUUUCUGUUACCAUGUGGAUGCCUCAGGUGGAGGUAACACAAUGAACUUUAAGUCAGCAGCUCAGGCUCACAGAGAAAGAAUUUAAGCUCUCAGGUCCUUUGGGAGUGGUGGCCAGGAGUUAGGGUAGGGGAGAGAGGAGGGGGCUGAGGAAAUAUCACAGUCCUGGGGAAGAGAAGGCCAAGAACCUGGAAACCAGGCUUUGUAUUUUUCUUAGGUUCCCCCAGCCUGCCAGCACCCAGGAGGAGGAAGGGCUGGGGGAUGAACAUUUAUUUAUUGAGGGCCUAUCGUGGGCCAGGCACUGUGGUCAUCACUUUCUGUGCAUGAUCCUAUUUGGAGAGGGACAUUUAGGGUAGUGAGGUCACCUGUCCAGGUUCUCACAGCUGGUAGAGACAGAGCAGGUUUGGGGUUAAGAUCUGUCUGACUCCAAAGCCUUGGGUUUUGGCAUCAUAGCUGGACAUCAGUAGUGUUGUCUUGUUUUCAUUGGGCUUUUUAUUUAGGGUAUUGGCCUAACAGUGACAGAGGGAAUAAGGAAUGAGAAACAGAAAGAUGUGUUUCCACUGAGUGAUUUGUGCCUUGGGAACCUGUAUGGUAUUGUGAGGAAAACUGUGGGUUGAGAGAACCUGAGCUUGAAUCCUACCUCUACCACUUGCCUGGGACUUUGCAAAAAUCAUUUUAGACUCCUGAAUGGUCUGAGCCAAAAUGCCAGCAAAUGAGGAUAAUGAUACCUAUCUUGAAGUGUUGUCAUUCAUUCAUUCAUCCCUCAUUCCACGAAUGUUUUCUGAACCUCUCCUGUAUGCCAGGCACUGUGCUAUGUGCUGGAGAAAUAGCAGUAACAAGAUAGCUAGACUUACCAAGCUCAUUUUCGAGAGUUGACACACGCAAGUAAAUAGAGUGUCCUCUGAUAGAGAGUGAUCACGUGAGGAGAGUGCCUCAACCACAUUUGGGGAUCCCAGGAAGACUUCCUAGAGGAAGGGACAUCAAAGCUGAUAUCUGAAAUGUGACUAGAUGUCAGCCAGAGGAAGCAAUCAAAGUUUAGGUGAGUAGUCCUGGGAAGAUUCUAGGAGGAGGAAAGAGUGUCUGCAAAGGCCCCAUGGCAAGAGGAGGCCAACACGUUUGAGCCACUGGGAGACACUGAGAGUGGUACCAGCACUUGAAAAAUGUGUGCCACUUCCUUUUUGGCUCCCAUGGCUUCAAAUGAGAAAUCUGCUGUCAUUCAAAUUGGUGUUCCCCUGUAGAUUAAGCAAAUUUUAUUGAUCUGUCCAUAUGUUCAUCUUUGUCAUCUCUACUCUACUAUUGAGCCCAUCCAGGGCCCACUCCUGCUUCAGAACACCAUGCAUGCAGGAGGACUGCAGGGAACGCGACAGCUGGCUGUUGAAGAGAAGGGCGUGGUGGUGUUGAGAGACCUCCAGACUGGACAUGGCCCUGAGUCCAGUGGCUAACCAGGUCCUUCCUGAAGACCCAAAGAUGAUACCAAGUCUCAAAGCCUGUGGGGCCCCCGUUUUAGGCCUUGGUACCAUUCCUGGGCCCAACCCAGAUAUGACUGUUGUUCCUACGUUGAACCCACCCCCAAGUCCUGGCUUGCCUCUCAUUCCAGAUCUUAACCCAACUCUGAGUCCUGUCUCAGGGACCAAUAACACGUCCAGGCCUGAUGACAGCAGGGCCAUGGCUCCUGCCUCCCUCCAGGUCACCAGUUCUCGCUCUGGUGAAGCCUUGGGCCUGGAUUUGAGUCCCAUCUUGAGGCCUGACACACAGGGGACUCUCCGACCAGCCUCAAACCCCAUUCUGAGCUCUGGCUCUACUGAGCCCGCCAGUCAGAGUUCCGAGAACCACCCUGGGUCAAAUUCUGAACAGGCCUUCAAGUGCCUCCCAAGCAAGACUUUUGAUUUGGGUCAGAGUAACUCCAAUCCUUCCAGGCCCGAAUUAAACCCGUUUAUAAGGCACCGUUCUGGAGAAUCCCUGGUUCUGGGCUCCUGUGUCUCCAGGCCGGGCUCAAAAGCUCUGCUUAUUCCAGCCUCAAACUCUUCUCUGGAUCUUGACUCCAGUCAGCUGCUCGGUGCAGGCUCAAGAAACACCUCCAACCCGAACCUGAAUGUAGCUCCAGAUUCCUGUGGGACCCUAAUCCCGGACACAAAUGAGAUCCUCACUUUGGCUUCACAUAACAUCUCCGGGUCAGUUUCGAAAGGAGCCUUUGGUGCAACCUGGAGCACAAGUUCCAAGGGAACCAUCAAUGUGGCUUCAAACGGAUACCCCAGACCUGAUUUGAACAUGACCGUCACUCAGGCCUCGUGUGUCACCCUGAUUCCUGGCCCCAGCGAGGGUAUCAGCUUGCACUCCAGCACUCCUGGACCCAACUCCAACAUCUCCCCACCCUCGUGCGUGACCCUGCUCCUGGGCUCCAAUGAGACUCUGAGCCUGGGCUCCAGCCUCAUGUUCAGCGACACCUCCACUUUGACGCUGAGCAGCCAGCAGGAGUAUUCUGAGGACAACAGCAUCCGCACCGUACCCCUGGAGGGGAACCUGGGGAGUUGGGGCGAGAUGGCUGGCCUGGAGGUGGGCCAGUUCCCGCUGGGGCUCCCCAGCUCCAACACCGCCAGCCAGGACCUGGGCUUCCAGUGCAUCUCGGACGAAGCCUUCAAUGAAGUGACUUCAUGCCUGGUGAACGUGCCAGAGAAGAGAGAGGACGGCAACAAAAUGGCUCUGGUCGGGAACAUCAUCACCCUCCAGAAGAGCCAGGAUCUGCUGGACAUGGAAGGAGAGAAGAAGACCAUGAUGAAGAAGAUGAUGGUGCGGGAUCCACACAGGCAGAUCCAGGAGGAGCCGCUGGAUUCCCUCUCAAGCUCUGUCCGCCGGCAGGCCAUGGAGACCCUGACCCAGCUGAGUCACCAGCAGCCCGCGCUGGGCGUGCAGGAGAGGUCAGAGCUGGUGAGCACGUGCGUGCGGAGUGUGUUCUCCCUGCCCUCUGUGCAGGCCAUGCAGGAGAAAGACCAGGCCAAGGCCGAGGCUGUCCAGACGCUUUACCAUCAGACCCUGGAUGCCCUGCAGACCUUGCUCAAGGCCCUCUUUAUUGAGGACCCCACUCCCACUGGGCUGAAGAGCAUCUUGGAGCCCCUGGGGCCCUGGAUGAACUCUGGGAAGGCCCAUGAGCGAGCGCGGGCUGUGAACAGCAAUGUUUCUGUAUUGAACCACACGCUUCUGACUCUGCCUUUCUUUAUGUCCUCGGGGUUCCCGGCACUGGGGCUCCUGCUGGGGAGGCUCAUCCUUCGCGUCGGGGAUCCUGAUGAGGAGAUUGGCCGGGAGGCCCUGGACGGCAUCGUCAUCCUCUACACUAUCCUGGAGCUGCAAAAACGAGCCAGAGAUAAGGAAGAGACCAACAAGAAGGAGCUGUACGAGAGCAACAAGCGUUUCCUGGGGCCCUACAACCCCGUCAGCCCGUGCCAGAACAUCCUGCGCGUGAUUGCGGAAUUUGGAGACUUCCUGGGGCCCCAGCAGGUAAAGGACCUGCUGCUGGCAGCCCUGGAAGGGCUGCAAGGUGGCUCAGAGGCUCCAGGAAAGGAUUCCGGGGAGAUCAUGCAGCUGGCCUCGGAGGUCACGCUCAGCUCGGUGCUGGAGUGGUACCGCCACAGGGCGCUGGAGGUGAUCCCCGAGAUCAUGCAGGGCAUCUACAUACAGCUGAGCCACAUCCAGGAGCCACGGGCCCGAGAGGUGGCCCUGCUGCCCGUCUCCCUGCUGGCCAGCUCCUUCAUGACCGAGGUCGUGGUGGCCCUGCUCAUGUGCCCCCUCCCGCUGGACAGCAACGGAGCGGAGAUGUGGAGGCAGCUGAUACUGCGUAAGCCCAGCUGUGACGUCCGAGACCUCCUGGAUCUGCUCCUGACCAGCCUGAAGGAGAAGCCUGUCACCAAGAAAGGCCGGGCCUCCAUUGUGCCCCUAGCGGCAGCCAGCGGCCUGUGCGAGCUCCUGUCCGUCAACAGCUGCGUCGGCCGCGUGAGGCGCAUCUACCCGCAGCUGCUGCUGGCCCUGCUCAUUCAGGUCCAUUACCACAUCGGCCUCAACCUGCCCGGCCACGUGGCUCCUUGCAAGGACGCCAAGAAGGACGCGGAGCCCCCUGCCUUCGUACCUGUGCGCUGGGUGGUGAAAGUGGUGAAAACGCUGCUGCUGAAGAUGGGCUGCUCCUACGAGGCCGCCUUCGUGGAGGAGCAGGGUGGCUGGGAGCUCAUGGGACAGGCGGAGAACCACCACCGAGGAGUGUGCCUGCUGGCGAGGGCCAUGGUGCACUACUCCUGCCAGGAGCUGUGCCGCAUCCUCUACCUGCUCAUCCCGCUCCUGGAGCGCGGCGACGAGAAGCACAAGAUCACCGCCACCGCCUUCUUCGUGGAGCUCCUCCAGAUGGAGCAGGUGCGCAGGAUCCCCGAGGAGUACUCUCUGGGGCGGAUGGCGGAAGGCCUGAACCACCGCGACCCCAUCAUGAAGGUGCUGUCCAUCCGAGGCCUGGGCAUCCUGGCCCGCAGGACCGAGAAGAUGGCCAAGGUGCAGGCCCUCCUGCCAUCCAUGGUGAAGGGCCUGCAGGGCCUGGAUGGGAUGCUGGUGGUGGAAGCACUCCACAACCUCAAGACCAUGUUCAAGGGGCAGGGCCGGAAGUUGGUGGACAGCUCGAUCUACCUGGAGAUUCUGCAGGUCCUGCUGCCGCACUUCAGUGACUCACGCGAGGACGUGCGCUCCUCGUCUAUCAGCCUGUAUGGGAAGAUGGUCCAGAAGCUUCGGCCCCCACACACCGAGGCCAUGGAGGAGCAGCUGGUCAGCACCCUGGUGCCACUGCUGCUGACCAUGCAGGAGGGCAACGCCAAGGUGGGCCAGAUAUGUGUGAAGACCCUGUUCCAAUGUUCUUGCUUCAUGGCUUGGGAGUUGCCGAAAAGAGCUUACAGCCGGAAGCCCUGGGACAACCAGCAGGAGACAGUGGCCAAAAUCUGCAAGUUCCUUGUGAACACCUACCGGGACCACGCCUUCACAUUCCUCAGCCAGAGCCUGGAGUAUGCCAGGAACCCACGGGCCUCCCUCCGGAAGUCCUCAGUCAUGUUCAUAGGGUCCCUGGUCCCCUGCAUGGAGGGCAUAAUGACAGAGGAGCGUCUGAAUGAAGUGAAAUCUGCUCUGGAAAACUUGAGACAUGACCCAGAGGCAUCAGUGUGCAUCUAUGCAGCCCAGGCCCAGGACCACAUCCUGGCCAGCUGCUGGCGGAACUCCUGGCCGCUGCCGCACGGGGACCCGUGGGUGUGCGACCCAGCUGCCACACACCGCUGGAGCCCCAGCUGUGACCACCUGCCCACUUCCCACCAGCGGCGCUCCUGGAUCAUGCAGGCACUGGGCUCCUGGAAGAUGUCCUUGAAGCAGUGAUGUCCCCGAGCCCCCAACCCUCCUCAGGGUGGCUGAGCCCCAGCCACACCCACUGUAAGUGCCAUGUGGCUCACCUCUCCACCCUGAGCUUUUCCUCAUGGGACGUGCCCGGGCUCUGGAGCAGCUGUCCCUCUGUGCAGCAAGCUGUGAGAGGAGCAUGGCCUUCGUUUGUUGGCUCAGUCCACAUUUACUGACGCACACAGGCUGUUUUGUCCACAUUGAAUAAAUGGGGAAACUGAGGCUCA